UAGCAAUAUAGUACAAUAACAAUGUUUUUCAGAAAUAGUUUGGAGUGCAAUAAUGCAUGUCUUCCCGUGUGCGUCGCCGCAGUCUAUGGUACAAUACUACAAUACACAUGGUUGAAAACGGAGAUAUGGAAUCCAUGGAAGACUAUGAAUUGGAGCCCAACAACAUUCAUCUUUUUUUAAAUGAUGAAGUUAUCAAUCAAUACAUGGAUCUUAUCACAAAACGUUCACCCAUCACAGUGUACGCAUUUAAUACAUUUUUUUACCUAGCUCUUUCUGACAAUGGGUAUUCUCAUGUUUGUCGGUGGACAAAAAAAAUUGAUUUAUUCUCAAAAAAAAAAUUGUUUAUCCCUAUUCAUAUCGAAGAUCACUGGUGUUUAGUUUAUGUUUGCUUUAUACAAAAAUCCAUUAAAUAUUAUGAUAGCAUGGGUGGACGUAACUUUUAGUGCUUAAAAUUAAUAUUGAAAUAUUUGAUGAUGGAGCAUGCUGACAAAAAAGGAGAAGAUUUUCAUCCAAGUGGUUGGUUAUUAAUGAAUGUGAAGAACUGCCCUCAACAAAAAAAUUAUUGGGAUUGUGGAGUAUUUGUUUGCAUGUUUGCCGAAUAUUUAUCAAGAGAUGCUCCGUUAAAUUUUUCACAAAAGCACAUGGCUAAAUUCAGAAGACAAAUAACAUUAGAAAUCAAGAAGAAAAAAUUAAAAAAAUCUGUACCAGAAACUUAAGCUACUGUAACAAUAAUUAAAUGAUGCAUAAGCUCUAUACGUUUUAUAGGUGUAACUGUUGUCGGAACACUUGUGCAUAAUUUAGUUUUAAUAAACAAAAAGUAAUUAUAUUGAAUAAGUAUAUUGUAAAUAAUUGCAUUAAUGUAUAUGAUAACUUUCCUUUUUUUUGAAUAAUUCAAUUUACUUAAACUGGAUCUUUUAAAUAAAAACUUUCAAAUUAGAUCUAUUGAUUCCAUAAUAAGUAAAUAACUAAUACAUUAUAUUUUUAAGUUUAAUAUUGAUUGUGUUAGUUGUAUUGUUAAAUCAUCCAACAAUUUAUUGGUAUGUGUUGAAAUAAUCAGUUAUAUUUGAUUAAAUAUUAUCUGUAAUGAAUA